CAGAAAUCGAAAAGAGUCAUCAUGAAGUGGAAGUGAAUGACGUGCCUCCUGCAAGGCAGAGUUAUCAAACUCCGAAGGACGACCGGUGCGUGGCUGGUCUUCCAGGCUUUCAUUUCCUUUCUGGAAGCGACUGUACCAAUCAUAGGCAGUGCUCUUGGACACAGUGUCCGGGCCAAACGCGGUAUCGAUGUCAGCGAUGGAAUUGGCUGCCUUCUUCUCGAUUCGGAAGUCAUAAAGAAGAAGCAGGCGAACUUGCUCCUUAAUGGAGACCGGCUGAUCCCGAUACCUGACACGGUAAGCUAUUCCGCUUCGGUUGUUGAUGCUAACAUUUGUAAGGAGAAAGACUCGAGGGGCAGUGACCUCCCACUGGAUUCCCUCUGCGUCACCUUCUCCUCCACCUGGUGUGGGGAACCAGAAUGCGGGGAAAGAGUGAGGCUGAUGACGCGCGCAGCUGGCGCAAGGCCCACGGCCAUUGGAAAGUGGCCAUGGCAGGCAGCUAUUUAUGACUUCGAAAAGAAACUUAUAACCUGUGGAGCGGCUCUCAUUCACAAGAGAUGGGUCCUCACUGCGGCGCAUUGUAUCACCCAAGAUGGAACGGCGAAACCCCGCAGCAGGGAUGUCUUUCUGAUCUAUCUUGGGAAACACUAUCGAAAUGACUCACGGGAUGAUGAGUUCGUGCAGAAAAAGAAAAUAUCACACAUCCUCGUCCAUGAAGACUUCAACUUACAGAACUACAACUCCAAUAUCGCACUCUUGGAGCUGGCAGAAGACGCCACGUUAACAGAACGAGUGCAGUUGGUUUGUCUGCCAGAACACUCGGAUAUAUCUGAUACUAGCUCCAAGAGCGGAUUGCUAGGAUCGGUGGCUUUUUGGGGAUCCGACGACACAGAUGCCCUCCCAGAUGAACUGUUGGAAGCGGAACUCCCAAUUAUACCCAAUAAAGAAUGUCGUCAAGACACUAUCCACUUCGCAGGGAACUCCACCGUCACUCGUACCCUCACUACGAACUUGUAUUGUGCUGGGCAGGACGAAAACACUCCCAUUUCAGGUACC